GACUAAUUUCAUUGGAACUUGCAGGACGAACGUCUUGAUGUUUCCUGCUUCAAGCUGCUGGUUGACAGUAGCUCAGAAUGGGUCAUAGAAAGUACAGUCUGUGCAUAUGAAUUCUCGAGUGGUUCCCCUCCUAAAUAACUGUGCCAAACACAUCGGAUUUUAACCUGGUUAACUGUCACAUUCCUUUGCCUUCAGCACUACACGGUUUGAAUAGCCCGAGGACAUAAGUCUCUCAUCUCUUGCCUGGCUUCAGUGAGCCAGUAUGGGGACGGUCCGGUCAUCCACGUGACCUGUCCGGAACCGGACGCCUUGGGGGAGCGCUGAGAGGCCUGAUCUCCGACUUAGGCUGUGACCUGUUUACCUCUGAACCGACCACUUCAGCACAGGAUGGAGGAGCAGUCCAGCUGUCCCAACGUCAGCAUCCCCUGUUACAACGAGCAGAGGGACAAGAAGAAGCGCUACACUGUUUACAAAGUGAUGGUCAAUGUAGGGAGGCACGAGUGGUUUGUCUUUAGGCGAUACGCAGAGUUUGACAAGCUGUACAACACCCAGUUGAGGAAACAGUUUCCAUCUUUGAACUUGAAAAUCCCAGCCAAGAGAAUAUUUGGGGACAACUUUGACCCAGAGUUUAUCAAGCAAAGAAGAACCGGUUUACAUGAGUUCAUUCAGAGACUUGUCUCACAUCCUCAGCUGAGCAGCCACCCUGAUGUCAGGGCAUUCCUCCAGAUGGACAAAUCUAAAAACCUGUCUGAUGCAUCAGAGGAUGAGGAUGACAAGAACAGCUCUACCUCCGGAAAUAUUAACCUGGGUCCUUCUGGAAAUCCACAAGCAAAGCCCACAGACUUCAACUUUCUCAAAGUCAUCGGGAAGGGAAGCUUUGGGAAGGUUCUCCUUGCAAAACGGAAUCUGGAUGGGAAGUAUUAUGCAAUCAAGGUCUUACAGAAAAGAAUCAUUCUCAACAGGAGAGAGCAAAAACACAUAAUGGCCGAGCGCAAUGUGCUACUGAAGAACGUUAAACACCCUUUCCUCGUCGGCUUGCAUUACUCCUUCCAGACGACGGACAAGUUGUACUUCGUCCUGGAUUUUGUCAACGGGGGAGAACUCUUUUUCCAUCUUCAAAAAGAACGGACCUUUCCGGAACCCAGAGCCAAAUUCUACAUUGCGGAAAUGGCAAGCGCACUGGGCUAUCUGCACUCCCUAAACAUAGUGUACAGGGAUUUGAAGCCAGAAAAUAUCCUUCUUGACUUUGAAGGACACAUAGUUUUGACUGAUUUCGGAUUGUGCAAGGAAGGCAUUUCCCAAACUGAGACAACAAGCACAUUUUGUGGGACACCUGAGUAUCUGGCUCCAGAGGUUCUUAAGAAACAACCGUACGACAACACAGUAGACUGGUGGUGUCUGGGGUCAGUGCUUUAUGAAAUGCUCUUUGGCUUGCCUCCAUUCUACAGCAGAGACACCCACGAGAUGUAUAACAACAUUCUCCACAAGCCCCUGGUGAUGCGUUCAGGGGCCUCCAGCACUGCCUGGUCCCUCCUGCUGGCUCUACUGGAAAAGGACGGCACACGUAGACUAGGCUCCAGGGAUGACUUUAAUGAGAUCAAAGCACAUACCUUCUUCACAACUAUCAAUUGGGAUGACUUGGAACAGAGGAAGGUCCAACCUCCAUUCACUCCUAAUGUGAAUACUCCUUAUGACAUCACAAACUUUGAUCCAGAAUUCACAGAGGAGACUGUUCCAAACUCUGUGUGUUAUGCUGACCACUCCAUAGUCAAUGCCAGUGUGAUGGAGGCUGAUGAUGCAUUCCUAGGAUUCUCCUAUGCUCCACCUUCAGACUACUCCUUCCUGUGAAAGACUCUUGUGAGGACCAGCCCGAGACUUCUGUGAAAUUGCUUUAGCUCUGUGUUAUUCUGUGGUGGAACUGACGAUACACAGAGUUUGAAUGCUUUUGUUCCAGCCUAGUAGAGCUUGUCCGUUAGUUUAAUCGGAUGUGACAAGAACAAAAGCCUACAUAACUUGUAGACUCUCGGGAACAGAACUGGAGAACACUGCCUUAACCUGUCUAGAUUUCUUUUAAUAAAAGGGAAGAAUUCAGAUUUUGGAUGAACACAUUUUGAGAAACGCCAAAGCAAGCAGAAGUUGCGAUCAGAAUGUGUAACAAGAAACCUUUAUUUUUACCUGCUAUUUAUAUAACAGAUUAUAUUUUUAAGAAGUCUUGGCCUUGUUUCUUGAUAAAACCCCAAAACAAAAUCCAGGUCUAUCAGGUUAACUGGGGGGGAAAUAAUUUCUGUUCCAGUUUAAAAGUGGACCUUGUUGCCUUAUGAUGAAAUGACAGUGUACAUAUGGUCUCUAAAUAGCUGAAAUGAAAUGUUUUAGUUCAUCUUAACAAGGUCACGGAUUUAUGGUAUAUUUAGAAACCGCUUACUGUCAGCUUAUAGUGGUUCAUUGUUCAUUUGUAUGGAUGGGGGAAUACUUGAGAUGUCACUGAAUAGAGUUUUGCGUUGACAGAGGUCAUUUCAGUUCAUAUUUUCUUUUUGAUAAAGUUACACAUUUGCUGUAAUGGCUCCAUCGGUGACUUAACAUUGCUAACAGAUGCUGCGCCAUCUGAUUUAUUUCUGUGUUUGCUUGUCUGUCUGUAUUAUAGAAAUCCUUAGAAAUACAUAACCUCAACCACAGUUUCUAACAAGUAAGUGUGGCCAACAGUCAGCGUCAUUAAUGCCUUGAAUGAUAUCUGUACAAUAAAAUAAUUCUAAUAAAACUGUA